AUGGACCCAAUAUUUAAUAAAAUAAAUGACAUUAAUGAAGUCAGUAAGAGUCUUAAGAAGUCUUCUUUAUCAUUAACUAAUAGAUUACAAUCAAUCCUUUAUGAUUACUAUUAUGUUUCCAACCUUCAUGAAACUAUAUUACCCAACUUCCCACUAGUAGGGAACGAGCGAUGUGGUCUAUGGUAUGUUCCAAAGACAUCAGCUGAAGCUUCUGCUCAACGUAUAGAGUCACCAACGACAAACUACUUAGAUCACAUAUUCAAGAGCAAGUCCACAACCUCGGCUGUAUUCAAAAGUACAGAUGGACAUACAAAUGUUUGGUCAUUUUCAUUGCGAAGACUCAAUUUGCAACUACUACCCUUGCUUUCAGAAUUUGGAGGAUUGUCGAUUAUCGAUUCAACCAGACGAGGGAAGUUGAUGCCUGAUGCCUUGCUGAAAACGAUUCCAAUUUGGUGUGCCGUUAUCAAUUCUAUUCUUUAUGAUGGAAUGGAUCAAAUUCUGAUAAAAGAGGAACUAGAAAACGAUGGGGCUGAUGAAGAUGAGAUUGAAUUUCUCCUAGAUUUAAUGAAAGAUAAUUGGCUCAGAACCCCGAAGAGCAUGGUUUCCGAGAAUGAGCAUAAUUCCAUUGUUAAACUAAUCUCUAGUUUUAGGGAUUCCGUGUAUAGCGCAGGUCUAUUUGACAGGGAGACUCUUCUAGAAAUGCUUGGAGGGAAACGCAAGCCCUUGGUGCCUUCUUGGUUUUAUCCAGGAAAGGGAACACCGUUGGCCACAGACUCUAUGUAUCAGGUAUGCUGCAUAUCAGCAUCUAAGAAAGUCGAAAGUUCCUAUGAGAUGUUCAGCAUAAGAACAAUGGAUGAUACAUUCUUAAAUUGGAAUUAUAUUCAGGGAUCUGGAGAUGACCACGAAUUAUGGGUACCAACCGAUUUGUGCAAAGGAAGUUUUGGACCUAAUUUAUUUUGGAAGGCUAUCCUAGAUAAGAAUAGCAAUAUUAUAGAUUGCAACACUGGGUUUAUUUAUAGUUGGAUGACUGACAUAGAAUUGUUUGAAAAGUUAAAUACUUGGUACGAUUCGAGAGAAUCUAGAUAUGAACUGAAUAUUGCACUUCAUCAACUUGCAGGAACAGGAAUUUGCAUUGGGAAAAUCGAUUCUACGAUGGACUAUAAACAGGUGAUAGGUAGCACAUCAAAUCCAACCAUUGUCGUAUUUAGUGAAAAAUAUAAGAUCGCAAAUAUUCCUCCUACUAAGGUAAACAAUGUCUUAGAGUAUCCAAUAGCAGCUAACAAAAAGGGUUCAAAUAUUUUAAGAAGCAAAUUACCCGAAAUAGGUCUGAGUAUAGAUUUUGAAUCAUCUGGCUCAUCCUGUAUUAUUCUUUGUGAGACGGGCCGUGAUAUAAGCAUUGGGUUUGCACUUGUAUUGUUAUGCAAAUUCUUCGAUUCAGAUUGGGAAAGAACAUCAGAGUCAUCAAGAAUUAGCAAAACCUUGGUUAAACAACAUUUGAGCAAGCUAUCUCAAAUUACUAAUGCUAAUCCAAGUAGAAGUACUCUUCAAAGUAUCAACGCCUAUCUCUUCCUGCAUCAAUGA